AUGUUUGAACAUUUAGCUGGACCAGUUGCUGCUCCUGUUUCUCAGGGCGGAUUUGUAGCUCCACCACAGCAAGUAUAUGGCCGAAAUCCAGCUGCUCCAGCGCAGCCCCCGCAACAGCCUGAAAUCACUCCGGAUGAGCAGCAUAAUGCGGAAUUGUUGGUGCAAGUCAUGCGACUCACUGAAGCCGAAAUCGCUAUGUUACCACCGGGCGAUCGCGAAAAGGUUAUUGAGCUACGUAAUCAGCUUCGGCAAAGUGUGUAG